AUGGUUGCUGUUCCCAUGCCCGUCGCCGAAGGCCCGAGGCCUGCUGGCAAAGUCGCUGUCGCAAUGUGGGUUUUUCCUAUCCCGAAGCGGGCUGCGAGGCCUUCGCCUCGGAGUUCGCCUCGUGACCCUGCGAGAUCUUGCUCGGCCCACCGCGGGCCACAUCAAGAGAGAUGUACUGACCCAUACAUGACCAUGUCCCGCCCUGUAGGACCAUCUUCGCCGCCUUUGGUGGUUUCCUGUACGGUUACGAUACCGGAUACAUCUCUGGUGUCAAGGAAAUGCCGGUUUUCGCUCGCCUCCUGGGUGUGCCAAACACGGACCCCGCCACCAUGGCGACCGCCCCCUACGUUCUCACUUCGGCGACGAACGCCCUCAUCACUUCCAUCUUGUCCGCUGGGUGAGUUCGAAUUUGGCUGUAAGAUAUGCGAUGACUACUGCUCAUGCGACGCCAAACUCUUCUGUUAACAGUACCUUCUUCGGUGCUUUGAGUGCCUACCCGGCCGGUAAGUCUUGCGAAAGAGAGGAAAAGAGGAGGCGUCCUUGCUUGUGCAUGUCCUCUGACAGCGCUCACUCGCUACAGGUGACUUCCUCGGACGUCGUUUCGGUAUCAUUGCUUUCCUCGGCUUGUAAGUUGACCGAAAUGACAUGUUUGAUACAUGGAUACCGACUAGAAUGUUUCGUUGCGUCGUUAUCCAGGUUCUGCAUUGGUGUCGCCUUGCAAACGGCUGCUACGACCAUCGGCCCCUUCGCCGUCGGCCGUGUUUUCGCUGUGAGUGAAGUGAAACACCCUCUUUUAGCUUCCAUUCGGACAUGUCAGCUGACGUUUGGACGAUUUGUCAAUGUAAUCUCACAGGGUCUCGGUGUCGUAAGUCAUGCUUGCACAUUCAAUGCCCCACUCACGGCAGCUUUUCCUGACUAGCGACUUUCGGCCGUCUCACAGGGUGGAAGUUCGUGCUUGGUUCCCCUUUACCAAUCCGAGUGCGCCCCCAAGUCUAUCCGAGGUGGUAUCGUCAGUUGCUACCAGUGGAUGAUCACCAUCGGUCUCUUGAUCGUGAGUCGGCUCUUGCUUCUAUUCUGCGCAGCGACCUCCACUCCGGGAAAAGAUCGGUGCGUUAAUCACAUAAACGUGUGCAACCUUGACCCAACAGGCUAGUAUCGUCGUUGAGCGCACCAAGAACAUCAACAGCGAGGCCUCGUACCGCAUCCCGAUCGGGCUUCAAUUCAUCUGGGCCUUCAUCCUCGGUGGUGGCUUGUUGAUCUUGCCCGAGUCGCCCCGAUGGCUCUUGAUGAGGAACCGAGAGGAGGAUGCCCAGCGCUCGCUCGCCCGCGUUCUCGGUACCGACAUCGACUCAGCCGCCGUCAACGAAGAAUUCGCCGAGAUCGCGGCAUCGCUCCACCAUGAGCGAUCCCUCGGUGGCUCGUCUUACAUCGACUGCUUCCGCAACGGCGAGGGCAAGAACGGCUUGCGCACCUGGACCGGUAUCGGUCUCCAGGCCCUCCAGCAGCUCACCGGCAUCAACUUCAUCUUCUACUACGGCACGGCCUUCUUCCAGAACUCCGGCAUCGAGAACCCCUUCACCAUUACGAUCGCCACCAACGUCGUCAACGUCGGCAUGACCGUUCCCGGUAUCUUGUUGGUUGACCGAGCCGGUCGCCGCAACAUGCUUCUCUACGGUGCCAUCGGCAUGUUCGUCUGCCAGUUCAUCGUCGCUGCAGUCGGUAUCUCGGUCUCCAAGGACAACUUGGCUGGUCAACGCGUCCUCAUCGCUUUCGUCUGCAUCUACAUCGCCCAUUUCGCCGCCACCUGGGGCCCUCUCGCCUGGGGUAGGUUUUUCCCUCCCGGUUCUUCUUCCACGGGUAUCUUGAAAGGCCAAUCUGACUCUCGUCCUCUUUGCAUUUUGCCCCAGUUGUUACGAGUGAAAUCUACCCUCAACAAAUCCGCGGCAAGUGCAUGUCCAUGUCGACCGCUUCCAACUGGCUCUUGAACUUUGCCAUCGUGAGUCCUGGUUCUUUCCCUCAGGGCAAGUCAAUUCCGGAUACUUUUUGCUGACCUUGCUUGCAUCUUUCAUCAUCAGGCGUACUCCACGCCCUACUUGGUUGACAAGCGUCCCGGAUCCGCUGGUCUCGCCUCGAACGUCUUCUGGAUCUGGGGUGGAUGCUGCGUUUUGUGCACAAUCUUCACCUUCUUCUGCAUUCCCGAAACCAGGGUAAGUGAUCCAUCUCCUCAUGGUCGGAAAUCCGCGUUCAGCGAUCGAAAUCUGACCGUGUCUGUUUCCCUCAUUCAACAGGGUCUGUCGCUCGAGCAAGUCGACAUCUUGUACCGCAACUCGACCCCUCUCAGGUCGAACGCGUUCAGGAAGCGCAUCAUCGCCGAGAACAUCCACGACGACGACAAGGAGGCCUACGCCGCCCCCAAGAACACGGGCACCGUCGAGCACAAGGAGGAGGAGGCCGGCAUGCGCCAGCUUUAA